AUGUCGACUACAGCAGACCGACUUAAGUCCGAGGGUAAUGCUUUUUUUACGAAGAAGGAGUUCAAAGCAGCCCGAGACAAGUACUCAGCGGCGAUUCAGGUGGACGAUAAAAAUGCAGUACUAUACUGCAAUAGAGCGGCUUGUCAUCUCGCUCUCAUUGCUUACUCUGAAGCCAUUCGAGAUGCUGAAAAGGCGAUUGCACUGGACCCCGCGUACUCGAAAGCGUGGGCACGUCUGGCAUCUGCGCAAGACUCCCUUGAACUAUUCGCCCCCGCAAUUGAGUCCUGGCAGAGUGCCAUCAAUACAUUCACAAAAGUGGACUUAAAGCCUGCGGAGAUCAAACAAAGAGAGCAAUACAUGACAUCGCUAGAGGCUACAAAACGUAAGGAGAGGCAGGUUGGAGAAGAAAGUAUGCGCGCAGCUGAUCUCCACGGAGUGGUCAUGAAUGGUAUCGGAAAGAAAACGCCUUGGGACUGUGCACGAGAGCUCUUGCCAGAGCUCAUAAUAGGACAAAUUCGAAGCAGCGUCAGUUGUUCUCAAUUCCAAAAUCACUUGUACUUAUAUCUCGCUUUCAGGCCAUUGUCUUGCAUUCGGCCGUAG